GUUCUACAUCAGACUGAUGGCUGGUAGGCAGAAUUCACGAGUUCUGCCAUCAACACUAGUUCAAUCACCCGUGAAGAUUUAUUUCGUUCAAUUAUGCGAGCAUCGGACGCACAGGUAGAUGGGGACUCGAGGCAACAGAUCGGUGUUGUCGAAGGUCCGGCAGUUUUUUCAAGCAAGUACAACUCACACAGAAGGGUUCUGCUGACACGUACCAUAAAGUAAAGCAACCCGACUUGUGACACGCUAUUUUUCGCGCCUGCCAGCAACGGCUCAAGCUAUAGUUCUCAAUACUAGUAGUUUCUGAGCACGUCCAGCGACAAACUCAAUGCUUCACAGCUUCAAACUUCGACUGUCAGACGUGCUGCGCGUAUUUGGGACUAGUGCUUUCGUCAUUAGCAUCAUUUUAAACAUCUUCGCCAUGCUGCGCUUGCAACACAAGUCUGUCGAUGAUAGACAGUACACUUACAUUGGUGAUGAUCAUCCGAUCGAAUUACCCCUUGACUUGGAAAUCGCCGCAUUGACGUUUGAAGACUCAAAGUAUUACAAAGGCCACGGAUUCGUGCGUCUGGGACCAAAUGGGCGACUGUUUGGUGUCUCGAUGUUUCACCAGAUUCAUUGUCUACAAAUGAUCCGGCUAGCCCUUAUUAACGGGCCCAGUGACCAUAGUGGGCACUGCCUUAACUUCUUGCGACAGGCCAUUCUUUGCAAUUCUGAUACUACCCUUGAUCCAGUCUACAUUGAUGGAUCGAUGAUAGGCUCAGACGGUUUGGGUGUGACGCAUAUAUGUCGAGAUUGGUCACAGGUUUAUGCAUACAUUAAGGAGAACCAGAGGGGUUCUGUGUGGGCAGAGCACAAGACAGAGAUGCAAUCAUAACGCGAAGUCAAGUGGGAGGAUAUGGGCUAGCUCGUACCAACGAUGGAUGGGAUCGGCUCGGUAAAUACUUACUUACAAGCGAUCCGCUCGCCUGCGGACGGUUAGGCCUUUUAUUUUCUUGCUCACACAGAUCUCUACAGUAGUAACGAAGAGUAAACUACAUUCACGGUAUCCCUUUCCUCAUUUGUGGGUGACCACAUUGUUCGAAUGUCGCGACGAUUUCGAACUCUCGACAGUGCCG